AUGGACAUGGUUCAAUCGGCUUCCACAGAAAUCACAAUCGCAAAGAAAUCCUUCAAGAAAAUACCCAGUGUCCUUCUGGGCAGCCUAGUGGAGGAACCUAAAAAAAGACAUGCUGUCCCCAAUCACCUGCUGGAAUCAAAGAUUUAUUCCGAACUUCAGAGGAGCAAGGUUAUACAGGCUGAGCCUGCUGUGCUGCACUAUGGAGGGUAUGAAGUUGGAAAACAUCACCAACAGACACUGAAGCUGAUAAAUAUUUCUGGUGAUGUAAUAAACCUUCACAUAAUACCACCCCAGACAAAGUAUUUUCAGAUCAAAUACAACAAAACACACCGGCUUGUCCCUGGCUUGUCAUAUGCAGUUACUGUUGAUUUUUGUCCUGAUGAGUGGCGAUAUUACUAUGACUGCAUCCGAAUUCACUGUCAGGGGGAAGAUACAUUAGUUGUUCCUGUGCAUGCUUACCCUACUGUGAAUGUUGUAGAAUUUCCAUCAUUUAUAAAUCUGUCUGAUGUAUCAGUUGGUAAGAGUAAGGAGUAUGUUAUCCCGUUGCAGUGCAGCUGUCCAAUAGAUUUUGAAUUCCACAUUGAUUUUAUUCAGCCUCACAGAGCCUUCACUGUCCAGCCAAUGUUUGGAAUCAUUCCAGGCAAUGGGAAAGUGGAAGUAACUGUGAAAUAUUCUCCACUUGAGUAUGGAACAGCACAAAUGACAAUGCAGUUACAGAUUUCACAGUUUCACUCAAAACCCUAUGUAUGUGUAUUCACAGGAACAUCAACACCACAUCUGGGUUUAAUAAAAGAACAUUUUGACAAACAACGAAGUCGUCCAGAGAAAAAAGCUGUGUCUGCAGGAAAAUCUGUGGUAUGGAGAAGAGACCACUUCAGCCAACCACAAUCAAGGCCUAUUCAAACAGUAAAGGAAAUUGAAUACCAGAACCUCAGAUUCCCCACAGACUUGUCAAAUCCAUAUGCUGUAGCUACUGUUUUGAAUCAGGAACCAGGCAAAUUGAAGAUUAAGGACUUGAAAGAAGCCCUUUGCCAAGGCAGUGAAGGGAUAAAAACAAGAGAGAUUAAGGAAGCCAUAUUUCAACUAAAGGUCAAACAAAACAUUCAGAAAGAGGAAGCAAAUAAUCUGAAGUGGCAAGUUCAUAAAGGCAAAGAUCCAAUCUCCAUGGAAUUUAAAAAAGAGAUUAUUGAAAACCGACAGAGGGAAGAAGAGCAAUACAAGAUCCAAAGAGGAGAUCCUAUCAUAGAACGUGAGUUUCAAAGGAAUGAAGCAGAAGUUUCUUUCAGACGCAUUAUCCGGCCUGUUGACCAGCAUCCAAGUGUCCAUCCCACAUUCGACUUGCUCCAUAAUGACCCUUGGGACAACAGAAACAGGAUGUUGAGGAAAUUCCAACAAGCAGCAUACAAGAUUGUGAUUCAGAUUCGGCUAAAUCGUUUACUGCUUCUGUUCCGUGGGCUAUCCAGAGAAGCGAGAGAUUUGAAGAAAGGCUCUGUGUCUGAAACCAGGAGUUUCAGCAAACCAGAGAAGAGUGAAGAAUGUAAGGGCUUUUCUUCCAGCAUAUCUGAAGAUCGUAUAUUGCCUUUUGAAUUCCCCUUUUACAGUUCCCUUGAAUUUCACCAUGAUUUGGCACCUGAUGCUCUUGGCCUAGUCCCUAUCGAAUCUGUAGAUGUGAAAGUCAGACACAUUCUUCCUUUUUACGACUUGAAGGUUCCUCAGCAUUGCAGCAUUAUGAAGUAUCAGCCAUUUUGUACACACUAUGCAGCCACAAGUUACAAACCUCGAAAACUUUCCCGACCACUGAGGCAGGGAGCCCAGGAUGAGUUGAUUCAAGUAGUUGCUUCUCCUGAGGGGCAGCUUAACCUGGUCUCCCAGAGAAUGGAUUUUCACAAACCAUCCCCAGAAGAAUGGGAUAUCAGCCUCUUAAAACUGGUUCCUCCCCAAGCUUUAGUCUACCCUCCAGAGAGCAACCCACUUCUCAUUUUUAACCCUACUCCAGGAUUAGUUCCAGUUUUACCUCCUUUGGCCUAUUCUGAAACAAAUAUUGAGUAUCAUCUUUGUCCUCAUCCAAAAUAUACCUUUACCAAGGAAUGCCCCAAAGGAUCCAGUAUUCCAGUCACACAAAAGAAAUUUCUGCAUCACAAGGAAGUGAUUUGUGGAGUAAUGGAAUGGAGAAGAUUCUUACCAGUGGUGUAUUCCACUUUUUCUAACACUCCCACACUGACAAGUACAACACCUAGGGAUCCUUACAGCUUAGAUAUGCUUCCAAGAGAUGUACCACCAAUGCUGUGUGACUUACCUGAGAGAGACAGGGAGAACAUAAUUGACCAUGAGACAGAUGAAACUGAGUUCAAAAUGAUUCUUACUCCAGAGAUGGUGAGAGCUGAAUUUCCACAAAUUGGGCAGGCACUCUCAGAAGAAGGCAAAGAGAAAUCAGCAAAGGAAGAAAGAGACCUGCACAACCAUCCAGAUGGAUAUUUUCAACGACAAAACAAUGAACUUGGAGAGAAGGUUCAAAAACAUGUGGAGAAAAUGAAGCUGAAAGCACUUAAUAAAACCCUUAUUCUGGGAUAA